CAGUGUCAUCCCGCGGUACGCUGUCUCGUACCCGGUGGGCGGAUUGGAGUUUUGUGUUUUCGAUCGGUCGGCGAGAGGUAACGUGUUCUUGCGAGAAAGUGUUGCACUUCGAUAUCAAGACUGCACCUCCCCCUGAAUAAUUCCCUCGACAAAAAAAAUCAGUGGACAACGAUUGUUUGAUUUAUCAGCGAUUAAAUUAAAGCGAAUCACAGACACUCGUAACUAUGCUUCUUAAAAUCAUCGCACUUCUUGUCACAAUUUCAACAUAUCAAAGCGAGGUCAUUGCUCACGACGAUGACGUCCACACUCUUCAAUAUUCGGCGGAAACCUUCCCUGUCGAGAUAGCCAAGAAAGAUCAUUUUGUCAUGUUUUACGCACCUUGGUGUGGACACUGCCAGCGACUCGCACCGACGUGGGAACAAUUAGCUGAAAUGCUCAAUGGAAUUGACGAUGGUCAAGUUCGAAUUGCAAAAGUCGAUUGUACCGUUGAUGCAACUGUCUGUUCGGAUAAUGAUGUGACUGGAUACCCAACUCUCAAGUUCUUCAAAGCUGGCGGAAACAAAGGUAUCAAGUUCCGUGGGACUCGAGACUUACCCACCCUGACAACAUUCAUCAAUGAGCAAAUCGGAAGCGUUCCAGUUGAAGAGAACAGCGAACCAGCUGUACCACAGCCUGUGAACGGACUAUUGGAACUGUCCGAAUAUACAUUUGACAAACAUGUAUCCAGUGGAAAGCAUUUUGUUAAAUUCUACGCACCAUGGUGCGGACAUUGCCAAAAGUUAGCACCCACUUGGGAUGAGCUUGCGAACAGCUUCGCUCAUGGCGACCUGGUUAGUAUCUCUAAAGUGGACUGCACCCAGCAUCGCUCAGUUUGUGGCCAAUUCGACAUUAAAGGCUACCCGACUCUGUUGUGGAUUGAAGACGGUAAAAAGAUUGAUAAAUACACGGGGCAGAGAUCUCACGAGGAGUUGAAGACUUACGUGUCGAUGAUGCUGGGCAAGAACGCGGAGAGUAAUGACGAGGAAAAGAAAGAGUCUGGCGGUCUGUCGGACGCGGUGUUCACGUUGACCGGUGAGAGUUUCAAGAACGGUAUUGAGAAGGGUGUAACAUUCAUCAAGUUUUUCGCACCGUGGUGCGGACACUGCAAGCGUCUAGCCCCGACGUGGGAAGAGCUUGGAAAAAAAUUCUGGGCAAACGAAAAUGUGCACAUAGUAAAGGUCGACUGUACGAUGAACAGUAGCAAACAGCUGUGUAACGACCAGGAAGUGGACGGCUUCCCAACUCUCUUCCUGUACAAGGACGGCCGAAAAUUGUCCGAGUACAACGGAUCGCGUACAUUGGACGAUCUUUACGAAUUCGUUAUGAAUCAUAUACAGUCCCGCGACGAACUGUGAUCAUGUGUUCUAACUAAAACGCAUGUUGGUACUUACGGUUUUUAUCGGAGGGAGCUUACGAGCGGUUUUUGAUCCGUAAAUGAAACCGGCUCGCGUAAUUGAUCUGAAUGAUAGUUUCUACUUUUUAAAAAAAUUUUCAUAUAAUUUUUCAAACUUGUUUCAUGGCAAUCUUCCAUAAUGUAUCGUAUUAGUAAGCCGUUUUGUUGGAGCUACCGACACAUGUCGACUCACAAGACAUUUGUUAUCAAGCGAAAGCUUGCCAAGAAAUUGAAACAGAACCAGCCCAUACCAUAAUGGGUGAGAAUGAGAACUGGAGACACAAUUCGCUACAAUGCGAAGAGACGUUAUUAGAGGAGAACCAAGUUGAAAUGGUAAACUCGUACAUUAAUUCUGGUCUUCAAUUUCUAUGGUUCUACAUGAUUAUGUCACUUGAAAUAAACAAAACUUGUAUUAUUAAAUGUAAAAUAUUUUGUUUCCUUGAGUUGAUAAUACAGGGGGCGUGAUCGUGAACUAAUAUUCUUAGAAAUCCGAUAAAUCGCAAUCAGCUGAUAAGAUUAGCUUCUAUUCUUGCGUCAGCAUCGGACGUAGGAAAAGUUUGCAGAACAUUUAAAAUGAACAACUAGUAUCCAUUUUUAGUCAGAGUUGAAGUCGUUUGUUUGAGGUAAGAUGUUGAGCUUCCGUUGUCCAACUUAUAUCAUAAUUUGCAUGCAGCAGUUUCGAUUCACAUACUCCAAAAGAAACUGUUGAAUUAUUCCUUUUAAACUUUAUACAUACUUAUGAUUAGUUGGUAAGCAUUACAAGUGAGCCUGUAAUGUACAUUUGUAAAAACGUGAAAUGAAUACUGAGUAUAAAUAUUGUGUUUAUAAAUGAUCGCCUAUGUUGAGUGGAUUAUUAAAAUGGUUCGAAAUUAAA